CAGAAAGAAGCGUCUGUGUGUGUGAGGUGGAAGGCGUGAGAUUUGCUACAUCGAGUUUUCCUCUUUAGAAAAAGAAACGAAAAAACCGGGAACUGGAUGAAAACGGUGAUUAAUGAAGUUGUUGUUCGCGUGGUGGGUGAAAAAAAGUUAAUAGACUCAGCGUUUCUCUUAUAAACUCGAUACAAAAAUGGAAACGAAUCAAGUUGAAGAGGAUACUAACAACACCGAUGUCGGUGAACAUGUACAGGAGACAGAUGAAACGAUGCAAAUGGAAGAGGGACAAGUACACACGACAACCGUAUUAGAUGAACAGAGUCUACAACAACUAAUGGAUAGUGGAACUGUCAGUGAAGACAGCAUUAUUGCUAUAGUUCAAAAUGAACAUGGAGAACCUCAAACGGUGGUACUGAGUCGGCAAGAUGCUGAAGCAUUAGGGAUUCAAUUGGAUCCUGUUGACCAGCCAGUAGAAGAUGAGCAGGCACAAGCCAUUGCAGCAGAAGCAGAGAUGGAAGGAAUGGCUGAACAAAUGGAUCAGGAAUCUGAAAUGCAGCCUUCUGAAGAUAUGACAGAAUUCAACUCUGAAAAUCCAGAGCAGUCAGAAUUCAUCUCUGAAAAUCCAGAACAGUCAGAAUUCAUCUCUGAAAAUCCAGAACAGUCAGAAUUCAACUCUGAACAUCCAGAGCAGUCAGAGUUCAACUCUGAACAUCCAGAGCAGUCAGAGUUCAACUCUGAACAACAAGAGCAAUCAGAAUUUAACUCUGAACAUCCAGAGCAGUCAGAGUUCAACUCUGAACAUCCAGAGCAAUCAGAAUUCAACCCUGAACAUCCAGAGCAAUCAGAAUUCAACCCUGAACAUCCAGAGCAAUCAGAAUUCAACUCUGAACAUCCAGAGCAAUCAGAAUUCAACUCUGAACAUCCAGAGCAAUCAGAGUUUCAACAAGAAUUGCAAGCUGGAAUUCAGUCAGACCUUCAGUCCCAACUUCAUGCAGAAUUUCAAUCAGAACUUCAGUCAGAGCUACAAAGUGAACUACAAGAUGAGCUUCAGGAGGACUUGCAACAUGACCUUCCUGGGUCCACUAGAGAAUCAGAAAUCCCACCAAAAAUGUCACCAGAAAUUCCAUCAGAGCUUCAACCCACAAGUCAAGAAUCUUGUCCAAAUAAGGAAGGCGGAACGGAACCACAGAUAAUUGAGGUUCCUGAAGCCAUAAUAGUACCUGACGUUCUCUCUGCGGAAAUACAAAAACAGGAGGCGGACGAAAAUGAGAAGAAAGUGAAAGAAGAUGAGGAAAUGCAAACCACAACUGUCUCGCUGGAUGCUGUUUCUCAACGGCUCGGUGAAGAUGGUGGCGAAGGUGAUAGUUCGGCUAAUGAUGUUCUAUCCAAUAUCAUUCAUUCGUUAUUCAAUCCGAAUGAGCCAAAUCAAUCGAACGUUUCGAUUGUGCCAAGAAUGGUGGGCGGUAAACGCAAAUUAUGCCUUAGACUGCCUGCCAGUACGGCCAGCGCACUCCUGGCACAGACAGGUAGCCCGCUGGCUCAUUCGUUUACCGAGGGUGGUAUCCCCAAGAAAAUAAAGAUUGUCAUCCCGCCACAUUCGUUCUCUAGCAGCACCGGCAGCUUUGUCUCUAGCCUUACCAAUUCGGCAUCGAUGAUGCAGCAAGAGACCAGGGUGGUGAAAACGCCUGUGGUGCAGCAGUCAGCCAUCAACAAUUCUGGCGGGAAAACCACAGGACCAGCACGGCUAGAUCCAGAUACGUUACCCAACAGCAGUUCGUUUUCUUUAAUGUCAUCUCCUGUCAAAAGCUCGUCAAAGCCCUUCCUGGCCUCCCUGUUCAGUUCGACAUCCACUACAACUCCGAGCGCCUCAUUGACAGUGACACCAGUCGCGAAUCCGCCAAAGAAACCCCUAGGCACCACAGAGAAUCCCAUUCAACUGGUGCAGGAAGGCAAUAGUUUCCGCAGUUUGCAGCCAUUGACUCCCGAUCAAUUGAAGCACAUCGCUUCAGUGUUGAAGCAAAACCGGCAGGCAAUCCUGUCGGGAACGGGAGAAGGUAAAAGUGGAAACAGUUCCUUUGCCAGUAGUGCGGAAGGAGACGGUGGCAAGCGACGGGUCGUCUACGAUGCAAAAUCCAAUACGCGGAUCGUCUACCGAGUCGUCACUCCGAGCGAGUUGAAGAAAACUCCUUCAGUGACGGGUGCCACCAUUACAACGCAUAGCCCAGUCACUCCGGUUUCCCUGAAAUCAACAAGUUCCACCACUCCAACGUCUACCACGCCUCCAGUUGUCAGAGGACGAGGUAGAGGCAGAGGACGACCACCUGGACGUGCAACAGCCUUUGCUCAAAAACGUAAAGUGGUCAGCACAGAGGAGUCUGAUUCAGAUGACCUGCAAGAAGAGGAUCCCAUUAGUACCAACAUUGACAUGUCCAAAGAGGAACGAGAAGGCAAAAAGAAACUAUUGCCUCGAACCCGAUCCGGUCGAGUUUCCAAACCACCCCGUCAUAUGGUCAAGGACUACAAGAGACUCCAUCAUUUAGACUUUGCCCAGCCGGAUCUGGAUGACUCUGACGGUGGCUAUUCGGAUUAUCGAAUCGACCAUUCUUCGCCCAACGUGAAUGUGGGGAAUGAGGAUAGCAAUGCCGAAUCAUCCGAAGAUUCCAAAGGUCCCAUCAAGUCCGUUAUACCGACCUCGCCGUUUCACUGCACAAUUUGCAAACGAGAAUAUACUACCCCGCAUAGGUUAUCGAGGCAUUUUGAACAGUUCCCCGACCACAGUAGUAGUGUGGUGACCCGGCGCAAUUCUACAGUUCCAGUGCCAGCCAUUGAAAAGAAAAACGGGCAGCAUGACAAAGAAGACAUGGAAGCGGAAGAGGAAUCUGAUUCCACCGAAACGGAAAAAGUUGUCAAACGGGCGGUCAGGACAACGACGACAGCAAGCACAAUCAGAGGCAGUGGGCGAGGUGGUUGGAGGGGAGGACGUGGUCGAGGCAGAGGUAGAGGUCGAGGGCGAGGAGUUGGCCGGCCUCCUUUAGUACACUCGCCAGCUCUUCUUUCCGAAAAGAGAAAAAUUCGCCUUGCUGAGGCUUUGGAAUUGUGCACAGACGAAGAAGUGGUGGAUGUUGCUGGUCCCCGCCUAUCAGCUGCAAUGUCCAGUUGGGAAUAUUUGCUUUUGAGGGUGCAACAGGAAGAUGAGGGCAACAGCAGCGCGCCUCUCAUUCCACGCAUCCUUAACGAAGUGACGUCCCUUUUUGACCGUGUGUCAACCAUGACUACUCGGCACCUGCAUCCACAUAGUAACGGUGAUGCUGACGAAGAAGAACACGAGCCUUAUCAGCUGACAAAUCCAGAGACGGCCCGGCUGCUUGGCCUACAAUGCGGCACUUAUUUUAUCAGCAAAGACGAACGCAAAUUAUUAGAGGAAGAUGCCGUUGAUUCGGCUCAAUUAUGCCAGGCAACUUCAUCAUCGGUUGGAGUUUCAAUCCCUCCUGCCAUCAGCGUAACUACGGAAACCUCCUCACCGGAGCCGCAACUCCCAGUUCCGGUUGUCGUCCAUGAAACGGAUGAUGUUUCCCAGCAACAAGACGAUGCUCAGAUGAAAGCGGAUUCGGCAGCCGCUGCUGCAUCCAAAUUGUGGGAAGAGCUGGAAGAAGCGGAUCACUUGCCUCCAACUGCUGGGAGUGAAUCCGGAAUUGGUGGAGGACCGGACGGUGACCAUGUUGAUGACGAUGUGGUUGACAGUGAAUUAAUGCAAGUGGACGAGAUUGUCAAUCAAGUGGUCGAAGGCCAAACAGGUGGCUCUCAAGCACCUUCUCCCCUCUGAAUGUCCAAUACCAAUGACGAUACAACUAUCCCUAAAUCCCAUACCGACAGUGAAAGUCAGUAAUAAAAGGACGUCGAAAAAGUUAAAACACAGAAGAGAAGACAACAAAAAAGUGCUCUCGCCAUAUUUUUCCCUCGUCGUUUUGGUGUCUAUACGUAGCCAAAAGACGGAACAACCUGGCAAGUUCAGUUACGUUUUGUUCAAUUUAUAAUUAGGUUUCCUUUCUAUUCAUUUUUUUUUUUUUUCAGUCUUUAAUUUCUUCUUUUCCGCCUUUCAGAUUCUUUUCUCUUUUUUCUCAGUACAGUUCCAACUACUUGCUGUUUACAUCAUGGUCUUGUUUGUUUUUCCCUAUUUCCCCAAUAUUCAAAACAUACACGCAUCCUACGUGGCAUUUGACAGUGAGCUGAAUUCCCUUUACCCAAGUCCCAUGAAUACAAACAAAGUCGCAACGGUU